AUGAGUACUGUCACUCUGAGAUGGAUUGGUGAUUUGGAUCAAGACAAACGGGAACAAGCUGGGUGCGUCAGUUCUUCAAGUGACCAAUAUCGUCCUAAAAAAAUAGAACUGAAACCUGGUCAGAAAGAAAUCCGCAUUGGACGUAUAAACACUAAAAUUCCCCCUGACUAUCCGAUCGAAAGCUGCAUUAACAGCCGGAUGAUAUCAAGAAAUCACGCAACUAUAGAACGCUCAGCGAAGGGAGGCUCAAUUCUUUAUGAUCAUAGUAUGAAUGGCACGUAUGUCAACUACACAAGAGUGAUGGGUGGAGUAACGCUAAAACAUGGGGAUAUUGUGUGUUUCGGCCACUUGAAUGGAGCAAAUCUCAAACCUGGGGAACCAGUGGCCCUCUUUUAUUCCGACUUGAAGUAUCGGGUGGAGCUAAGCGAUUCUCCAAGUAAGGAAAAUGUUGUAACUGGAACAACCAAAAAGCGCAAGUCUUAUCCUGCUCAGCCAGGUUCAACAGUGUCCUCUACUCAACGUUCUGAUGGUGAAGACGAUUCUAUUGGAUCCAGUGAUGAUGAGUCCACUGAUGCCAAACGGCCUAGAAGUAAUACUACUUCAAGUGCACCACGCACAGCUAACCGACAAAAAUUCAAGAAGCCUGUUAGCUCAAAUCGUCACAAAGUAGAUGAAGAGGAUGAUGGAGACAGCAAUGAAGAUCCAGAUGAAAAUUCGAGCAACAAACGAUUAAGUUCUGCAGGCUCCAAGACUAUCAAGAAACGUUCAAAUGGUACGGAUAAAGUUAAAAAAUCCCAUUCUAAUUCUGUUUCACGUAAGUCUAGUGGCGCAAAACCUGGUCAUAUUCAUAAUAAAGAAAAACGCCGUUCCGGAAAAUCUAGCAAGUCUGGAGGUUUUGAUGCAGAAGACGAUGCCGGUGGUGGUGAUAUGUUUCAUUAUGACAGUGAAGAGUGUUCUGCUAGACCAUGCAAGCAGCCUCAAGAUAUAGCAAUAGAUUGGAUUCAGUGUGAUCGUUGUACUCUAUGGUAUCAUCAAGAUGUUAUAGAGUCUUAUUUGGAGUUGAAAUUACACUCUCUUCGAUUAUCCGAUCAAAAAUUAAUAAAUGCACAACAUACCGUGAAGAAUCUGGCAUCAACAACAUCUUUGCAAUCACCUGAUGAUUAUGUGGAUUUGUCCAAUAAUAUAUCACAAUUAAAUGUCAUUUCCACACCAUUACCUUCUUCAAUAUUCUAUGAACCGUGGCAUUCUAUAUGGAAAUUUAUUAAAAUGAAUCCAAUCUGUGGAUUAAACGGCAAAGCUUUACCAUCGAAAUCUAUAUUAUUUAUGGAUCUCAAAUAUAUUCCACCAAUUCAUCCUCUCUCAAAGACUGAUGAUACAAAUCUUUCCUCUUCUAAUGAUUUGGAUUUCUGCUAUGAAGCUCUAUUGUUUAUGACACAAGCUUAUGAGAUUGUUGUUCAGGUGAUAUUAUAUAAAGAUUCAAAAACAGAAAAUGGCAAGUUCAUGUGUAGUUGUGAUCCAUACUUGAAUUUACCUAGUCAUUUUGAUAUCAAUGAAUUGACAUCAAUGGUGGACUUUGUGAAACAACAUAUUUGGUCAUCCAUACACAAACAAUAUGCAAUUGAUGACUGAAUUUCUGUAUAAUACAUAUCUGAAAAGAUUUUAUAUUCUGUUUCUCAAAUGUUACUAUUGUACAGAUUACCUGUAUUAUUUUAUUUUUACUGAGAUAAUUGAUUUAUAUUUCAAUGUUCUCUUAACGAAUAAACAUGUAUAUAAUAUUAGGAUUAUGAACUUUAUUGCUGUCUAAUAGACAAUCAUACAGACGACAUUUACAAAGUGAAAUGAUCCUUAUUCAGAUUUUUGAACUGUAGUCUUAGUUUUGUUAUCUGUUGAAAUAUCCUAACUAUCAAAAAUAGACAAAACUUUUUUUGGGGUGUUUUUGUG